GUACCAACUUCUCGUCGGUUUGCCCUGCCCCACGUUGAUUUUCUCUUGUAGCUUCAGGGGAUCGGUAAAUAUCCUAUAUUGUCUUAAAAUCGGCAACCAGCCAAACUGCAAAGCUUGUCAUAUCGAGCGGCAGGAUUGUCCCCUCGAUUUCCACGUUCUCGCGUACUCUAACUCCGGAUACUGCGGAAACGUUUGAUGUAUAGAAAUGGGAGCCGAACAGUCAACCCCGCGGGGCGGUAACCAAGCCGCCGUUGUACGAAAGACAUGCUAUUACGAGCUGCUCGGAGUAGACCGACAGGCCCCUGACGAGGAGAUUCGGCGAGCCUACAAGAAGAAAGCUCUGGAGCUGCAUCCAGACCGCAACCUUAACGACACAGAGAACGCAACGAAGCGAUUCGCUGAAGUACAGACCGCCUAUGAAAUUCUCUCUGACCCGCAGGAGCGUGCCUGGUACGACUCUCACCGCGAUGCUAUUCUUAACGGAGAGGAUGACGUUGCGGGCACCGCGCCCACCGACCAGUCCGGGAGCGGUCACACCUCAGCCAAUGCGAUCUUUGCCCUGAUGAGUCGGUUCAGUUCGAGCGUCCCGAUGGAUGACAGCACAAGAGGCUUCUUCGGGAUUCUCAACGCCUUUUUUGACCAGCUGGCUGCCGAAGAGAACGCCGCCUGCGAGUAUGCUGGUAUGGUGCCAACAGAAUACCCGCCAUUUGGCGGGGCCAGCGAUGAUUACAAUGCGGUCGGCAAACGAUUCUAUAGCGUAUGGUCGGGCUUUUCGACCAAGAAGACGUUCAGCUGGAGGGACAAAUACCGUCUCCAGGAUGCGCCAGACCGUCAAAUCCGCAGGCUCAUGCAGAAGGAGAACCAAAAACUACGUGAUGAAGGUAUUCGAGAGUUCAAUGAUGCCGUGAGGUCUCUGGUGGCCUUUGUCAGAAAACGGGAUCCGCGAUACGUACCGAACAAACAAUCCGAGGAGGAGAGACAGCAAGUUUUACGAAACUCAACCGCAGCCCAGGCAGCACGGUCUCGAGCAGCUAAUCAGCAAAAGUUGGCCGAGUACGUCCUGCCGGAAUGGGCGCAGUCGCGGGAUAACGACGAAGAUCACGGCGAGUUUUCAUUGUCGGAGGAAGAUGAUGAGGUUGAAGAAAUUGAAUGUGUUGUGUGCAAUAAGACCUUCAAGAGCGAAAAGCAGUUCGACACCCAUGAAAAGAGCAAGAAACACGUCAAAGCAGUUCAGCAGCUGCGGAGGCAAAUGAAAAAGGAGAACGCCAAUCUUGACCUCCAGGACUCGGAACCUGUAAUGUCACUGUCACAAACUGCUCAUGGGCAGCCUGGAGAGGACGAUACACCGGGCAGCGCUGCCUCGGCGCACUACGGAGAACACGAUGGGCAAGUUGAGGAUGCCCGAUCCAUAACCGGCGAAGAAGACACAAACCUUGGCACGCCGUCUCAACCAGACUCCGAAGACGACGAUUACGCGCCACGAUCAGAGGUCGAAGAGCGCAUAGUAAAUGGUCCUCAUACGGAGACGAAGUCGACAAACACACGACUCAGCACACCAGACGCCACGGACUCUGCACCUGCCGGCUUGGAUGGCUUGAUACUAGGCAACGGGAAGGACGAGGGUAAGAAGGUCGGGAAAGCCAAGCUAAGACGGGAAAAGAAGGCUGCCCGGCACGCCGCUGAGGCGCAGACCUCACAUAAAUGCGCCGUGUGCGAUGAAAGCUUCACAUCAAGGACCAAGCUCUUUGCGCAUAUCAAGGACAACCCUACCCACGCGGCGCCUGUUCCUGUUUCUAGCGCCAAGGCUGCCAAAAAGAAGCGGCGCUGAUGUGACUGCCCAAUGACCCAAUCCUGGAGAUGUGGCCUACCGCCGGGGGCGUCCUUGUGUCCGAGCUGUUGCUGCAUCUUGAUCCCUGGAAGCG